CCGGCGCGGCCUGGUCGCGGGGCGGAGCGGGGCGCGGGCGGUGUCCCCGGGAGGCCGGCGCGGGUCUGACAGCGCAGGGCUUGCGCGUCUCGUGCGUUCCCGGGCCUCCCGCAGCGCCCCGGCUGGCGGGCCGGCGGGCCCGAGGCCGGUUCGGGCGCCCGGGGCCGCGGGGCGGGUCCCCGACCCUGCGGUGGGGGAGCCUCGACUCUCGUGAAGUUACGUGGCUAGGCUGGAGGCCAGCGGCGGACUCCGACACUCGGCGCACACGCUCUUUUUUUUUCUUUUCCAAAUUCAGCGACCAUGGACGAUGCCAGCGUAUUCCGUGAUCGAAGAGACAGUGCACCUGUCUCAUCGUGUUAACUUCUUGGGGUCCUAACCCAAAGAGCGCGGGGGCUGGGGCGGGAGGGUGUGCGCACAUACAUACGUACGUGUGUGUCUGUGUGUGUGCUGCUUAGGUCUGCUUCAUCACGUGUCUGCCCCAGGGGGAGACUCCUUCGCUGUUUUGAAUCUUUCUCCAGUAUCCUUGAAAGCAUUCUUACUCCUUGAAGAGCCUUCUUUUUCAUCCUACAGCAGUGUUAGUUCUCUCAUAACUUGUAGGGCUUUGUGUUCAGGUAUACCCCCAUCUGUAAAGACUUUUUUCUGGCUUAAUUCCACCUGUCAUCCUGGAUGGCAUUGUUUUUGCUCCAGUUUUCUUUUCCUGGCAGUUGCAGUGUAAAUUUACUGAAUUCUCGGUUUGCAAACUGUAAUAUAGACCUGUAGGGCCCGUAUUUUCAUGAUUUGUGGCACCUCAUCACUUGUUAGGCAGUAGGAGGAAAUGGUAGCCAUGAUUCCCAGAAGGUAUUAACCAGAGGUGUUGUGAAGUUGUUUAAAAGAGAAAAAUUACUAGGUGCGGUGUCGGGGAAGGAAUAGAAUUAUGUAACUAUCCACUGUCUUUUAGGUUAUGACUGCUGGGGUCCCUAGGAUGGCCUGGAAAGGUCUCACCACAGAGUUCGAGAAUUCCUGAAGCCGUGAACACGGGGCCUUCUGUUGCCGCGGAUUUGUGCGUUUCGUGAGCGCUGCUUUCGCAACCCUGUGACGGCGAAUUUGCUGUGUGUCCAGCUACUCUGACCUACGACACUCUCCGAUGUGCCGAGUUUGAAGAUUUCCCCGAGACCUCGGAGCCUGUUUGGAUCCUGGGUAGAAAGUACAGCAUCUUCACAGAAAAGGACGAGAUCUUGGCUGAUGUGGCAUCGAGACUCUGGUUUACAUACAGGAAGAACUUCCCAGCCAUUGGGGGCACCGGCCCCACCUCGGACACGGGCUGGGGCUGCAUGCUGCGGUGCGGACAGAUGAUCUUCGCACAAGCCCUGGUGUGCCGGCACCUGGGCCGAGAUUGGAGGUGGACACAGCGGAAGAGGCAGCCAGACAGCUACUUCAGCGUGCUGCACGCGUUCCUGGACAGGAAGGACAGCUACUACUCCAUCCACCAGAUAGCACAAAUGGGAGUCGGCGAGGGCAAGUCCGUCGGCCAGUGGUACGGGCCCAACACCGUCGCCCAGGUCCUCAAGAAGCUCGCCGUCUUCGACACAUGGAGCGCCGUGGCCGUGCACGUGGCGAUGGACAACACGGUGGUGAUGGAGGACAUCCGACGGCUGUGCGGGAGCAGCCUUCCCUGCGCCGGGGCCGCCGCGUCUCCUGCGGACGCCGACUGGCACUGGAACGGCUUCCCGGCGGGGGCCGAGGCCAGCAGCAGGCCGGCGCCCUGGAGACCCCUGGUGCUGCUCAUCCCGCUGCGCCUGGGGCUGACGGACAUGAACGCGGCCUACGCGGAGACGCUGAAGCGCUGCUUCAGGAUGCCCCAGUCCCUGGGCGUGAUCGGAGGGAAGCCCAACAGCGCCCACUACUUCAUCGGCUAUGUGGGGGAGGAGCUCAUCUACUUGGACCCCCACACCACGCAGCCGGCCGUGCAGGCCCCUGAGCACUGCCGCGUCCCGGACGAGAGCUUCCACUGCCAGCACCCGCCCAGCAGGAUGAGCCUGGCGGAGCUCGACCCGUCCAUCGCCGUGGGCUUUUUCUGUAAGACCGAGGGCGACUUUAACGACUGGUGCCAGCAAGUGAAACAGCUGUGCCUCCCGGGAGGUGGCCUGCCCAUGUUUGAGCUGGUGGAGCGGCAGCCUUCGCACCUGGCCUGUGCUGACGCCCUGAACCUGUCCUUAGAUGCUUCUGACGUAGAGCGACUGGAGAGAUUCUUUGACUCAGAAGAUGAGGACUUUGAGAUCCUGUCCCUCUGAGGAGUCUGCGGCUGGGGGACGGUCUCGCUGGCCCUGCAGGGGCUGGGCCGCCGCCUCUCACCCACCCUGCCCGCCCAGCGCCCGAGCCUGGCCGCCUCCGCCCGGACGGAGGCCCGCGCUACCGGAGACCCGCGCGCCAGGUGUCCACGAGGGGCCGCCGGGCCGCGCUCUCCCGCCACACUGCCAGCCCUGCCCGGCACCGCCGCCGCCGCCCCGCUUCCUCCUGGGCUCCGGCCCGGGUUCGCUUUGGAAUUAAAGUCCUGUUUGAAGUUCCGUGACAGACAUGGCUUCUGUUGGGCGUGUCCCGAGCCAGGCUCUGAAGACGUGGUCUCCAGGGCCACCGUGGCAGGAGAGGGGCCGAGGAACCACGGCGGGGGUCUCCUCACUUUGGGAGGAAAGGAGCAAAGUGGCGGGGAGGGGGCGGUGAAGUGCACAGCUGUCGCCGUGCAGGUGGCACCAGGACAGACACGCCGCCCGGAGCCGCAGGGGUGGCCGGGGCCCGUGCCCCCGCUGCUAGUCACGCCAGCUUCCCUGCAGGCAGCGGGGCAGGUGUGGGGGCCUCGCGUGCCACCUUCUGCCUCCGCGUCCUCGUCCUCAGCACCGCCUCCCGCUCAGCCAGGCUCCAGGUGGUUUGGGGCCGGAGGGUCAGGCCCUCAGCUCUGUGGCUCGAGGCAGGUGCCUCUGCUCCUCGCACGCCGUGGAGACACGCCAGAGCCUUCCUGUGCCGACCAGCGCCGGCACCUGCCACCGUAACCCUGCGUUGUGGGCCCGCUGGGGAGCGCCGACGGGGGCUUGGGGAGCUCGGGAGGUGGCGGCCUUCUUCCUGGGGGCCUUCCUUGUGGAGCCUCCCCGUCCCCCGAGGGAGCAGAGGGCACCUGGUCCCCCAGGUGUUGUCAGCCUGAGUUAUUUUCUCCGACUCCCUGUGUGUCUCCCCUUGUCCCCCCCCUUUGUUGCUCAGGUCGAGACGGGUGGGGAGGUCUCAUUCCUGCCGCUGCUGGUGGGGCCGGGGGUCUCGCCGCAGCUCCCGCUGGCGGCGCGGGUGGUGGAGGUAGGGACGGCCUGGCCGGAGGGGACGCCGUGUCGCCGCGUUCGGAAAGGCUUUCCUGAAGAGUGUUCACUCCUGGUCGUAUAGUGCGCGGUUCUCAAUGGCAAAUAAUAACAGU